AUGCCCUACUCACACUAUCUUUUGUGCCGCUUCGAACAAAAGUCCGGCGUGACAUACGACCGACCAUCGUUCAAGCCUGUCGAGGAUAAGUUCGGCGACCGCUUCAAGUCUGCGUCCAUCAGCGGCUCGACUAUGAGCAUUGAGGUUUACAUGACGGACAAGUACAUUGACUCGACACGAGAUGAGGUGUAUGAUGCCUUGGAGGUCAUGCUCAUGAAUGCUUAUUUCGACCCCACUGACAACUUUGUGUUCGAGACAAGCGGAGACAACUGCAGCAACAGCCGUUACUGCUCUAACCGCAAGUAA